AUGUCAGCCUCUAGAAGAGAGAGUGAACCAAAGGAAGCUGAGACAUCGCCAGAAGCCGGAGGAGCGGCGUCGGACAGGAGGCGCUCCAAGACCUCACGGGCAUGCGAUCAAUGCCGCGAAAAGAAAACUCGAUGCGAUUUUAGUGAUGAAAGGCCUAUAUGCUCGGCUUGUCAACGUAUGGGUAAAACUUGUACCUUUGAGCGCGUCCCUAUGAAGAGAGGCCCCACUAAAGGCUACACACGCAACAGCGAACCGCCAGAGGGGUUCGAUACUAGUAGGAGGGGCUCUCGCAAGAGGAGCUCCUCUGACGUCUUCAAGGGAGAUGCUGGGAGACCCCGCGCGGAUCCCGUUUCCCUGCCGCCACUAGCACAGUAUCUACCGCAGUCAGGUUCUCAACCGAGAUUGCAGCCGCUGCUAGCCCCAGGAGCUCAACCUCAGCAACAAUUCUGGAAAGUACCGUAUUAUGAGUACCAACAUCAAAGGCGUGGUUCGAUAGAUUCCCUGGGCAGUGAUGUUUCCAAUAGGAAUGGGUCUGAGCAACUUGCAUAUCUACCUUCCAACGCCUCAUCUGGAUCGCAGUUCUACCCAGCGUCUCAGGCACAAUACGCCUCACAGCUCCCAUCAGAUGUCGAAGGUGCUAAUCCAGAAGAUUGUAGAGGGUCUUUAAGCCUUCCUGCAAUACAAAAGUUCCAACAACCACCUUCAGGUUACUACUUACAAUACCCAUAUUCUCAAUUUAGCAUGCUGCCACAGCAACAACAACAACAGCAGCAACAGAAUGCACAACAAUCUUACUUUACUUCUCAAUAUGUCCCGCCUGCAGCGCCCCCAGGUGCAGAACAUUUUAAGGAAUUUGACGAAGGAUUUCAUUCCCGGAAGGGCAGUGACGUGAGCGUGGCAGUAUCUCCAAGCUCCCCCGUGCAGGUUACUCGUACACAGCAAGCCGGAUUGAAUUCAGAAAGCCGUGAUACCAAUACAGCAACCGCAGUUUCUCCCAAGCCUCUUCCAAAGCCUUCGAAGCCACAAAUGCAGACAGAACGUUCCAGCUCAAAGUCCGAUGGGAACCAUAAUGGGCCAAGAAAGCAAAAGCGAAAAAACAGCAAUAGAAACAAGCCAGGCUCUCAAAGUUCAAUAGAGUCAAUAGCCUCCUCCAGCCAUGCAUCAAUCAUUUAUGGAAAAAUACCAGACAAGCAACUUAUUGAUAUUUACUUUGAGUUUAUUCACCCUAAUUUCCCAGUAAUACCGAUCAACAAAGAGACUUUAACGGACGACCUUUUGCUAGUAAACACGCAGCCAAUUAGCCCGGUUCACGAGCUGAACACAUACAUUCUGCAUUGGUUCAGGAAUUCCCUGGAGCUACUUGUGCGAGUGGCCCUAAAAAAACCAUCUGGAUCUGGCCAAGCUUAUUCCGAUGGAGCCGUUGAUAUUCUGGACUCUCAGGCAACCUUCAUAAAUGCGCUCAACGAGUGUUUCCAACGAAUAGUAGAUAUUCAUCCUGGUCUCCGAGAAAACGAAAAGUUGCUUUCCCUUAAGACUAAGUUCAUCUACCUUGCUACAUUCAGCAUCUUAAACUAUAUUUUGGCGUUUGUGGGCUAUGAUAACUCGUUCGUUCUGGGUAUGUCUGUGACAAUUUACAACGAAUGCAAACUUUACAGAUACCUCAUGUAUGAUGAACUGCCAUCAAAUGACACCGAAGCUAGCGAGAACGAAGACGAAGCAGGGGCUGGCGAUGCUCACGCAAGUGGCACACCAGAAAGAGGAAAGAGUGCCAAGCAUGAUCUCGGGCAUCAAGUCCUUUUCAAACGGCUGUACGUUCUGCUUGUGGUGUUUGACUCUUUACAAAGUUGCGCUUUUGGUGUGCCCAAACUGAUAAGUGUCCCGCUGGCGGAGCUAACAGAAGAGACCUUCAAGUUCUCAACAGGAAAAUGGUGUGUCGAGCGCGACCCACAAAGAUUUGAAACCAUAAGGCAAAGUCUGGUGCUCGGUCAGGUCCUUUCAUGGCUUUCGAUAAGUCGCAAAAGCGUACGACGUAAUUCCUUACAAGCGGCGCCACAGGAUGCGUCCUGGAAAGAUGAAAAAAGCGAUAGUGUUUCUUCCUCUCUUUUUGCCAAGUUUUUGGUGCAAAAACAUGAAAUGAUGGAAGACUUCCUAUUGCUUGCACCACUCGAAAAUUCAUCGCACUUAUUGACAUUCGACCUAUUAUCGAAAUCAUCAACUGCCAUAUGUGGUUUGAUCUCCUCCAUGCACAGGUUGUUGGCAUUAUUAAUGAAGAUUAAUCCUACAAACAGCGUCGAUCCGAACAACCGUCCGCCCCUAAGGCAAGGAGAUUUUGUCCACACAGACACAGAGAUCCAAUCCGAGUCUUCAAACCCACCCGCAGCUACAGCGGCACCAGAUUCUUGUGAUGCCGACAAGUUCGACGUGUACAGGAAACUACUGGGCCUCAAUGGGGGUCAAGAGAGGCAUGUCGCUCAGGGCACCAUAUCGCCCUUUGUGAUUUCUAUCGUUGUGGAAAUUCGCAACGUCUUGGAGCUUGUAAAGCACCUCCCAACAUCUAUCAUUGGCGUUGUAGUUAAUUUGCUACCCAAUGGUGAAGGUGAAAACUAUCAAAAACGCUCGCACAGACUAGUAAUGUCUCUUUCAAAUGCUAUGAACGAGCUGGUCCAAAUCACGAGCCUAAUUAGUCUUCUCAAACCCUUCAAAAUGUUCGACCACACGCUGCGCUCCAAUAGACCUUCAGCUAAAGUUUCAACAAAGCUUCUCAGGCAAAAGUUCGCUCCUGAAAGCGUCAAGACACCUUCCUCCCAACCGCCUUCGUCUUCUCCAGGCCCAAAUUCCGAUGGGUCCAAUAAUACCAGCUUAUCCCAAAAUACGGUAAUGCAUGCAAUUCUAGAUGCCGCGUGGGAUCUAAUGGACGGUGAAGAGUUAGGUUGGCUCUGA